GUUGAUAAUUAUCCAUCGCCGAAACCCAUCGUUACCACCACCACCUGCUUACCAUCCCGCGUAACCAUUGCCAGCUUCUGAUAAUGGAUCGAUGCAAUAACCAGCCCGAAUCUCCCGCGGCCCCUCGGCCAGCAGCAGGAGCAACAGCUGAUUCUCUAGACACUCCUGUACCGACAUCUCCUGCACUGUCUACACUAUCAUCAAUCUACUCUCCGAGAUUUACUGCGGCAGCUCCUAUCAGGUCUCCUUCUGCACGUGGACCGAGGCAGUAUCCGUCUACUAACGAUCCUCAAUUCCUAGAUGACCGCUUUCAUCCAGAAACUGUUCCUCGCACUUGGUCGGCUCCACGCGAUCCUCGCUUCGAACUACUAUCAAUAUUUUCUAGUCUCGAGGUGUAUAAAGGAGAAAAUUCGGACAACAAUGGCCUGGACGCUGCCCAGAGUGCCAUAGGCCAUGCGAUCAUGACAUACAAGAAGAGUCUUCUGGACGAACUGGAGGAAGAAGGCACCAUAUUUGGACUUAAGGUUCAACUGCCGCCCGACGCUGGAGACUAUGGGGUUGUGAGAGAGACGAUUGAAUCUGAGGCUUUUGAAUAUUUCGACCGACUACAAGUAGCAAUAGCGGCGCACGAAUUCCGUGAGCAUGGCGUGCCUAGAGAGCGCCGUGUUGACUUCUUUGGACCACCUCCCCCUAGGGAAAUGCGCGAUACUGGACUCUAUGCAAAUCGCGCUCAUAUUAUAAGUAGGCACUCAUUAGAAUCGAAUGACCCGCGGGAUAUUAUCAACUCGAUGCGGCGAUAA